GGCGUAAAACGCGCUGACGUCAGCAUAACAACAAUCAGUCAUGACAACUCGUAUGAGGAAAAAUUAAUCUAUUAAGAUUUGAUUCUACCUGAAUCACAACGGUUUCCCCUGAAUGCGAGAGUCUCAACAUAGGUGUGUGCGAUCCGAGGCAGACGGGACAUUUUUGAGACCUGUCAACUAGCCAGCCGAAGAGACGGGGAACAGGAUAGGGAAGCAGGGCGAGGCGGGCCCCACGGAGCCGGUGGAGAAGAUGGCCGGCAGCCCGGAGAAGAGCUCCACCGCGCAGGAGCUGAAGGAGCAGGGGAACCGGCUCUUCCUCUGCCGCAAGUACCAGGAGGCUGCAACCUGCUACAGUAAAGCUAUUAACCGCAACCCAUCGGUGGCUGUAUACUACACCAACAGGGCUCUCUGCCAUGUGAAGCUACAGCAGUAUGACAAAGCUCUGGCCGAUUGUAAGCAUGCACUGGAGCUGGACAGUCAGUCGGUUAAAGCCCACUUCUUCCUAGGCCAGUGUCACCUGGAACUGGAGAACUAUGAUGAGGCCAUUGGCAACCUGCAGAAAGCUUAUAACCUGGCAAAAGAACAGAGGCUGAACUUUGGCGAUGAUAUCCCCAGCGCUCUGCGGAUUGCAAAGAAAAAACGUUGGAACAGCAUUGAGGAGAAGCGCAUCAACCAGGAGAACGAGUUGCAUGCCUAUCUGACAAAACUAAUACUGGCUGAAAAAGAAAGAGAGCUGGAGGAAUAUAAAGAAAAACAAGAUGACAAUCAAAAUGGAGGUGAUGCUGCCAAGAUUGCAACAAAACAUGACAAGUAUUUAAUGGACAUGGAGGAGCUGUUCUCCCAAGUGGAUGAAAAAAGAAAAAAGCGAGAGAUUCCAGAUUACCUCUGUGGCAAAAUCAGUUUUGAGCUGAUGAGGGAGCCGUGCAUCACACCUAGUGGGAUCACUUAUGAUCGCAAAGAUAUUGAAGAGCACCUACAGCGAGUGGGUCAUUUUGACCCAGUCACCCGGAGUCCCCUUACCCAGGAUCAGCUGAUCCCCAACCUGGCAAUGAAGGAGGUGAUCGACGCCUUUAUCCAGGAGAACGGCUGGGUGGAGGACUACUGAAGAGACUCCUCCUGUUUCUCCUUCAUGCCCCAGUACUCAACACAAAGUCUGGACAACACAAGACUUUAGAAAACAGAUCACCCCUUGCCUGGAUAUCUACCUUACACAAACAGGAAAAGCCACACUUUGGAUUAUGAAACGGGAACUACGUAACUUGAUCUGCCUCCUCCCCACAUUUUAUCCUUGUCGUAAAGCUUCUUGCUCCAACUCUAUAAAGCUUUCUACAUGGUUUCCACGUGUGCGAACCGACUGGGGCUCUGCAGACGCUGAUGCGGUUUUAUUAUAGUACCCUUUGGGUCAGCUGUGCCGAAGCUUCCCAUGCAUGGGCAGCCAAUCUGCCUCAAGUACAUUGUAGAGGUAUGGACGACAGCCGAUUCUUCUGCAAAAUCUCUCUUCAAAGCAUCCACCUCAUUCUUCUGCUACCUUUCUUUUUUUUUUCUCUCCUUCCCUGAAUUGGAGAUUGGUCCAGGUGCAUGACUAGUCGCCACGCUCGGUCCAACAAGGCUACAGACUUUGAGGCUGCAUGCAGCUGGCUGUUGAGGGACCCAUGACCCAAGAGACUGUUGUCGACUUGUGCACAUAACAGAAUUCACGUCACACAGGCGGACACGGAAACCAUGAAUGAAUUGCCUUUAAGGCUCAGUAAUCAUGGCCUGCCGUUCCCUUUAAGACCACGCUUGCUCUUCUCUUUCUAGUCUUACUCCAUUUCUUCCUCUACGUCAUGCUGUUUCUCACCUUUCCAUCCUGACGUCUUUCUGCUCUGAGAGGCCUUCUUCUCAUCGGGCUUUUCCAUCUUUCCUGCCUCAUCUCUGUCUGUCUUACUGAGUGCCACAGCUUCUGGAAAGAAUUGCACUCCAGUGUUUCACAUAAAACAGCAGUUGAAAAAAUAAAAUAAAAAAGGUGGUGGCAAUUAAUGAAGACCAUGGCCUUUAAUUAGGCAUUUACUCCAGUAUUUUGUAGUCAUUUUUCAUCAAAAAAAUAACUGACCAUUUGGCUAUAUAUUAAUUUGUUCAUGUGGUGUCUCAAAUGCCAAAAACCCGUUAUGAACAAGGGUGACUUGUUUUACAUUAUAAUGAAUAGAAAAGUGAACAAAGUACCUUUUCUACUUGCUGGAGGCGCUUUAUAGAUAUCAACCCAUGUCAUUUAACAAAGAUUUUGAAUAGAUUCAAUAGAUUGUUUUUUCCUUUGCAUAUCAAUCACCUCAUUUCAGACAAUUGAGAUAAGUUGAAUGUAUGAGUAAUGUGUUUCUUUGGUUUAGAGUGAACCUUCAGUAAUUGAAGACGUUUUCCUAUCAGGACAAUGCAAGGCUUCCUUGAAAAGCUUUGAACUGGAAACUGAAAAAAAAAAAGUGACAUUGCUGGAUAUAAAGUCGGAACAUUUAAAUGUUAAAACUUGAGAGAUGAGAGAUGUUAGCUGUUUUGGAUGUUGCUAAAACCUGCUUUGACAAAAGGUCUGUGCUGUCUGUGCUGUUCAUAGAAGCAGAAUUGUGAUCAGAUGCUACGUGCGGCUCACAUCAAGCAUGAAGUGGAUUUUUCUUUUCCUCCUUGGAAAAGCCAGAAUAUGCUUUGCAUUUUUUCCUCAUCUUUUUGCUGUUGUUUUUUUUUUUUUUCUUGUAUCCCCCUCAGUGUCGCAUAUAUGAACUAAGUAAAACUGUGUCCUAUCACACGGGUCUGAGGUUCAGUAGCAUCACUGCCCGCCCCCCCCCCCAAAAUAAAAACCUCUGUCAUACACAUGCUGGAAGAGUUCCGACCAUCUUGUCUCAUCGAUACCUCAAUCCAAGUGUUUGCUUGCUAGACGUUCAGCAUUCUUCGUAAAACACAUUUUAAGUUCAGUACUUGUGUUUUACAGGCUUUCCAGCUGAAUGUGGUAAAUUAGGCCUGUCGGUGGUUGUUUGUGUUGGGUUGCAGGCAUUGUACAUACAUUUCUGGCGUUACUGAGAUUUUAUUUCUUGACAAGUUAGGGUUAUUUUAUUCUUGAAAAAUCCUAAAGUUUGAGACGCUGUAUUAAAUGUAGAUAUGUUGAUAUCAUAAAUGCCUGAUUCAAUUUUCAAUCAUUUGUUCCCAUUAAACCAUGAAGUUUGA